AUGAUGGCCAUGAACGCCGCCAAGCAGCCGUUCGGCGUGCACCCGGCGCUCCAAGAACCCAAAUUCUCCAGCCUGCACUCCGGCUCCGAGGCCAUGCGCCGAGUUUGUCUCCCGGCCCCGCAGCUGCAGGGCAAUAUAUUUGGAAGCUUUGAUGAGAGCCUGCUGGCACGCGCCGAAGCUCUGGCGGCGGUGGACAUCGUCUCCCACGGCAAGAACCACCCGUUCAAGCCCGACGCCACCUACCAUACCAUGAGCAGCGUGCCCUGCACGUCCACCUCGUCCACCGUGCCCAUCUCGCACCCGGCCGCGCUCACCUCGCACCCGCACCACGCGGUGCACCAGGGGCUCGAGGGGGACCUGCUGGAGCACAUCUCGCCCACGCUGAGCGUGAGCGGCCUGGGCGCCCCCGAGCACUCGGUGAUGCCCGGCCAGAUCCACCCGCACCACCUGGGCGCCAUGGGCCACCUGCACCAGGCCAUGGGCAUGAGCCACCCGCACGCCGCCGUGGCCCCGCACAGCGCCAUGCCCGCGUGCCUCAGCGACGUGGAGUCGGACCCGCGCGAGCUCGAGGCCUUCGCCGAGCGCUUCAAGCAGCGGCGCAUCAAGCUGGGGGUGACCCAGGCGGACGUGGGCGCGGCGCUGGCCAACCUCAAGAUCCCCGGCGUGGGCUCGCUCAGCCAGAGCACCAUCUGCAGGUUCGAGUCGCUCACGCUCUCGCACAACAACAUGAUCGCGCUCAAGCCCGUGCUGCAGGCCUGGCUGGAGGAAGCCGAGGCGGCCUACCGGGAGAAGAACAGCAAACCCGAGCUCUUCAACGGCAGCGAGCGCAAACGCAAGCGCACGUCCAUCGCGGCGCCCGAGAAGCGCUCGCUCGAGGCCUACUUCGCCAUCCAGCCGCGCCCGUCGUCCGAGAAGAUCGCGGCGAUCGCCGAGAAACUGGACCUUAAAAAGAACGUGGUGAGGGUCUGGUUCUGCAACCAGAGACAGAAACAAAAACGAAUGAAGUACUCGGCUGUGCACUGA